GCGCCAAAUGUCUCGCUUAGUCCAAGACAAGGUGGGAUGACCUUGCGUUCCUUGUGCUCUCUCUUGUGGUGGUCAUCUUGCGCCUUGUUGCGCUCGCUGUUCAAAACUGUCGAAAUUAUCAGAAACGCUAUCAGAAAGAUCUUUGGUACGAAUCGACGUGUGAUUAGUAUGGGGCGAGUUGAACUCGUGUCGGCUCGUACUCGUCCUUGCUCAGUUUAUUCAUUCUCUUUGUCUGGAAAGCUAUACUGUCCUUCUGUACAUUCUGAAAGGAUGUCCUGUCUUAUGAAGGCUCUUUUUGAGCACCAAAGGGCGGCUCACGGCCCCACUCAUCUCCAAGUCUUAUUAUUACGUCGUCGGAACCCCAGUGAUAUCAGAUAGUGUUG